AUGCACCACAGAAAUCACUGCAAUCCCACUGGGUCUUUGUACAGUGAAGAGCUCAGAGAGGAAGGUUGUCCCCAUGUGUGUGCCCUGCCCCUGCCCUGCCCUGCCCCUGCCCUGCCCCUGCCCUGCCCCUGCCCUGCUCCUGCUCUGCCCCUGCCCUGCCUCUGCCCCUGCCCUGCCCCUGCCCUGCCCCUGCCCUGCCCUGCCCCUGCCCCUGCCCCUGCCCUGCCCCUGCUCUGCCCCUGCCCUGCCUCUGCCCCUGCCCCUGCUCUGCCCCUGCCCUGCCCCUGCCCUGCCCCUGCUCUGCCCCUGCCCUGCCCCUGCCCUGCCCCUGCUCUGCCCCUGCUCUGCCCUGCCCCUGCUCUGCCCCUGCUCUGCCCCUGCCCCUGCUCUGCCCCUGCUCUGCCCCUGCCCUGCCCUGCCCUGCCCCUGCUCUGCCCCUGCCCUGCCCCUGCUCUGCCCCUGCCCUGCCCUGCUCUGCCCCUGCUCUGCCCCUGCCCUGCCCCUGCUCUGCCCCUGCUCUGCCCCUGCUCUGCCCCUGCCCCUGCUCUGCCCCUGCUCUGCCCCUGCUCUGCCCCUGCUCUGCCCCUGCCCUGCCCCUGCUCUGCCCCUGCUCUGCCCCUGCCCUGCCCCUGCUCUGCCCCUGCUCUGCCCCUGCUCUGCCCCUGCCCUGCCCCUGCUCUGCCCCUGCUCUGCCCCUGCUCUGCCCCUGCUCUGCCCCUGCCCUGCCCUGCUCUGCCCCUGCUCUGCCCCUGCCCUGCCCCUGCCCUGCCCCUGCCCUGCCCCUGCUCUGCCCCUGCCCUGCCCCUGCUCCUGCUCUGCCCCUGCUCUGCCCCUGCCCUGCCCCUGCUCUGCCCCUGCCCUGCCCCUGCUCUGCCCCUGCUCUGCCCCUGCUCUGCCCCUGCUCUGCCCCUGCUCUGCCCCUGCCCUGCCCCUGCUCUGCCCCUGCUCUGCCCCUGCUCUGCCCCUGCCCUGCCCCUGCUCUGCCCCUGCUCUGCCCCUGCUCUGCCCCUGCUCUGCCCCUGCCCUGCCCCUGCUCUGCCCCUGCUCUGCCCCUGCCCUGCCCCUGCUCUGCCCCUGCUCUGCCCCUGCCCUGCCCCUGCCCUGCCCCUGCCCUGCCCCUGCCCUGCCCCUGCUCUGCCCCUGCUCUGCCCUGCUCUGCCCCUGCUCUGCCCCUGCCCUGCCCCUGCCCUGCCCUGCUCUGCCCCUGCUCUGCCCCUGCCCUGCUCUGCCCCUGCCCUGCCCUGCUCUGCCCCUGCUCUGCCCCUGCUCUGCCCCUGCUCCUGCUCUGCCCUGCUCUGCCCCUGCUCUGCCCCUGCUCUGCUCUGCCCCUGCUCUGCCCCUGCUCUGCCCCUGCCCUGCUGCAGUGAUGCCCACCUGCUCUGCCCCUGCUCUGCCCCUGCUCUGCCCCUGCUCUGCCCCUGCUCUGCCCUGCUGCCCCUGCUGCCCUGCCCCUGCCCUGCCCCUGCUCUGCCCCUGCUCUGCCCCUGCUCUGCCCCUGCUCUGCCCCUGCCCCUGCCCCUGCUCUGCCCCUGCCUGCCCCCUGCUCUGCUCUGCCCCUGCUCUGCUCUGCCCCUGCUCUGCCCUGCCCUGCUGCUCUGCCCCUGCUCUGCCCUGCUCUGCCCCUCUGCCCCUGCUCUGCCCUGCUCUGCCCCCCUGCUCUCUGCCCUGCCCCUGCCCCUGCUCUGCCCCUGCCCCUGCUCUGCCCUGCCCCUGCUCUGCCCCUGCUCUGCCCCUGCUCUGCCCCUGCCCUGCCCCUGCCCUGCCCCUGCCCUGCCCCUGCCCUGCCCCUGCUCUGCCCCUGCCCUGCCCUGCUCUGCCCCUGCUCUGCCCCUGCCCUGCCCCUGCUCUGCCCCUGCUCUGCCCCUGCCCUGCCCCUGCUCUGCCCCUGCUCUGCCCCUGCUCUGCCCCUGCUCUGCCCCUGCCCUGCCCCUGCCCUGCCCCUGCUCUGCCCCUGCUCUGCCCCUGCCCUGCCCCUGCUCUGCCCCUGCUCUGCCCCUGCUCUGCCCCUGCCCUGCCCCUGCCCUGCCCCUGCCCUGCCCCUGCUCUGCCCCUGCUCUGCCCCUGCCCUGCCCCUGCCCUGCCCCUGCUCUGCCCCUGCUCUGCCCCUGCUCUGCCCCUGCUCUGCCCCUGCCCUGCCCCUGCCCUGCCCCUGCUCUGCCCCUGCUCUGCCCCUGCCCUGCCCCUGCUCUGCCCCUGCUCUGCCCCUGCUCUGCCCCUGCUCUGCCCCUGCUCUGCUCUGCCCCUGCUCUGCCCCUGCUCUGCCCCUGCCCUGCUGCAGUGAUGCCCACCUGCUCUGCCCCUGCUCUGCCCCUGCUCUGCCCCUGCUCUGCCCCUGCUCUGCCCCUGCCCUGCCCCUGCUCUGCCCCUGCCCUGCCCCUGCUCUGCCCCUGCCCCUGCUCUGCCCUGCCCCUGCUCUGCCCCUGCUCUGCCCCUGCCCUGCCCCUGCCCUGCCCCUGCUCUGCCCCUGCCCUGCCCCUGCUCUGCCCCUGCCCUGCCCCUGCUCUGCCCCUGCUCUGCCCCUGCCCUGCCCCUGCUCUGCCCCUGCUCUGCCCCUGCCCUGCCCCUGCUCUGCCCCUGCUCUGCCCCUGCUCUGCCCCUGCUCUGCCCCUGCUCUGCCCCUGCCCUGCCCCUGCCCUGCCCCUGCUCUGCCCCUGCUCUGCCCCUGCUCUGCCCCUGCUCUGCUCUGCCCCUGCUCUGCCCCUGCUCUGCCCCUGCCCUGCUGCAGUGAUGCCCACCUGCUCUGCCCCUGCUCUGCCCCUGCCCUGCCCCUGCCCUGCCCCUGCUCUGCCCCUGCUCUGCCCCUGCCCUGCCCCUGCCCUGCCCCUGCUCUGCCCCUGCCCUGCCCCUGCCCUGCCCCUGCCCUGCCCCUGCUCUGCCCCUGCUCUGCCCCUGCCCUGCCCCUGCUCUGCCCCUGCUCUGCCCCUGCUCUGCCCCUGCCCUGCCCCUGCCCUGCCCCUGCCCCUGCUCUGCCCCUGCUCUGCCCCUGCUCUGCCCCUGCUCUGCCCCUGCCCUGCCCCUGCUCUGCCCCUGCUCUGCCCCUGCCCUGCCCCUGCUCUGCCCCUGCUCUGCCCCUGCUCUGCCCCUGCCCUGCCCCUGCUCUGCCCCUGCUCUGCCCCUGCUCUGCCCCUGCCCUGCCCCUGCUCUGCCCCUGCUCUGCCCCUGCUCUGCCCCUGCCCUGCCCCUGCCCUGCCCCUGCCCCUGCUCUGCCCCUGCUCUGCCCCUGCUCUGCCCCUGCUCUGCCCCUGCUCUGCCCCUGCUCUGCCCCUGCCCUGCCCCUGCUCUGCCCCUGCUCUGCUGCAGUGA